UUCCACACCCCAUUUUGCUUUUCUUUUCCUCCCUCUCUUUUCAACCUCCCCAAAAGUCCAUCUGUCACCACUCUGUCUUCCCUUUCCCUCUCUUCAGCGUAUGUAUAUAUGCCAGUAUAGAAGCUGAAAUAUAGAGAAACGGGAUCUUAAAAAUGGGGGUGCAACUCCAGGCUUACUUCCAUCACCAUCACAGUAGGAUCAUGAUGGCACAACCCCCUCUGUCAAUUACAUGUGGUUCUUCGAAUUCACUGCUUUUCAAUGGAAAGAAAGCCACUCUCCGCCUAGAUGGAUCUCUUGGGCUGCAUUUAACCAGUAGAAAAAUAGACAGAAGAAGAAGGGACUUUGGCAUAGUCGCAUCCAGCAAUGUGGCUGCACCAUUCUGGGAUGGAUGGAAGCCUGAGAAGAGCUCUGCUGCUCCUUCAUUUAGCGACAUCCUUUGGCCUUCUGCAGGGGCAUUUGCAGCAAUGGCAAUACUAGGAAAGAUGGACCAGACACUGGCAUCGAAAGGGAUUUCAAUGACAAUUGCUCCCUUGGGAGCUGUUUGCGCUGUCCUCUUUGCCACUCCCUCCUCCCCUGCUGCUCAGAAGUACAAUAUGUUUAUGGCUCAGAUAGGUUGUGCAGCCAUUGGUGUUCUGGCAUUCUCUCUACUUGGGCCGGGUUGGCUCGCUAGGAGCACUGCACUUGGAGCUUCCAUAGCUUUCAUGAUCUAUACACGCUCUACACACCCUCCAGCUGCAAGCUUGCCCCUGUUGUUCAUUGAUGGAGCUAAGUUUCACCACUUGAAUUUUUGGUAUGCUUUGUUCCCUGGUGCCACUGCUUGCAUUCUCCUUUGUCUGAUCCAAGAGAUAGUAUGUUACUUGAAGCAGAAUUUCAAAUUUUGAUGCGUGGCACAGCCUCAUUUUGUCAAACUCAUUAGAGUUCGGGUAGCCUUUUCAAUACUGAACUGUAAGCAUAUUGAAAGGUGAAAGGGGACUUACUCACCAGAUCUGAGACUGACUGAUGAAAAUUUAAGCUUCUGUAGUCGCCAAGAUUAAACAGUCAUCUAACUCCAAAUAGUUGUAUAAAAAAGGUUACACCCAGGUUCAAAAUCUUGGAAAUGAGUUCAUUCACAGAGCAAUUCUUAAUGCCUCAAACCCUGAAUAAAAUGACAAUAUUGUCUACAAGUCUCUUGUUUUAGCCAUCUUUGCUGUCACACACUUCCCAUUGUAUGUGUUUACUUUGUUCUGCUCCACUGGACAUCAAAUAAGGAUUAAGCAUGUUUUCUCCUAA